AUGAGUACCGUCGCCUCGCUUCCUUUCAUCCGACCGACCAAUUCGUUUCGUCGCGCGUCUCGCGGCACGUCUCGAGCCUCGGCGCCCCGUCGCGCGUCUCUUCAGACGGUGGCAGCGGACAAGAACGUCCUGUUUGAUGUUCCCGUCUCCAACAACGGCGCUCGUUGCCGGCUAAUCAUCUACUGGAAGCAGCUCGAGGAUGAGUUCGCCAUCACCAACCCUUCCGAGGUCGGAGGCCUCAAGUCCGAGGAGUAUCUCGCCAUGAAUCCCCAGGGCAAGAUGCCUUUGCUCAUGACCGCCGACGGCCUGGCGCUGCCCGAGUCCGAGGUCAUCUCUCAGUGGAUUUGCGAUGAGUACUCCGAGGUUGGCCCUGAGCUCAAACCUGAGGACCCUGAAACGCGCGCGAUUUGCGCGCUGGCAACCCGCAUCCACGACGUUUACAUAGUUCCCAUCCAAGGUUGCAUGUACCGCGGGCUGAUGGACGUCAAGACGCGCGCGGAUCAGCUCGCGGAGGUUGCCAAACAGCUUGAUGUUAUAGAGGGCGCCAUGAGUCUCAGGGACGGACCGUUCGUAGCGGGGAGGGAGCCGUCAACCGCGGACGCCGCGCUGUUCCCGACGUACGUGUUCAUCGAGUACAUCCUCCCGAAACAUUUUGGGUGGAAGGAUGUCUUCGCGGGUCGGCCGAGAACCGCGGAGUGGUGGGAGGCGAUGAGACUCGAUACCUGCGGAGCUCGCGUGUAUGGAGAAAUUCGUGGCGGGCUGGAGAGUUGGGAGUCAAACGGGAGGUGGCAAACCGUGGGCGUCACAGACGCAGUCAAGGACGCGUCGUUCAAGUGGGCGUAUUAG